UCCCCACAAAAUUUCCCGCCACGGACUUCCCACAAUCCGCCGCUUCCGCUCUUCGCGGCCUCCAUCGCCGCCUCAUCUUUGUCGUGAUCUCUCCGCUGCUGUCAAUGUCGUUGAAGAGCUUAUCUAUCCCCCGUGGCCCCUACGGUUAGUAAAUUCUUCAACUACAUUUCGUCUCUUUCGUAAAUUCUUUCUUUUUAGGUAAUGCAGGGUGUGGCAGGUGCGGCGGCACUAGUAAACCAGGGGCUUCAAGCAAACGGAUCCACUUGACUCAAAAAAUAUAUGAAGUAAGCAAGAACUACCAAACGGGAUCUCAGAUUGGAAUUGAUCUGCUCUUGAAUCCUCGAUGUGUUUCUCGCUCUGCUCAUCAUCAAUCUCUCCAGAGCAUUCAACCAUCCAUCCCCCUAAAAGCUCCUCACGUGCAACAACAUUUUCUGGGAAAGUUCUCAACACCCAAAACGAGCCAGGGCUGCAGAGGUGUGGAAAGAGUUGUCGACUACGUUGGACCAACUAUCUUAGGCCCGAUAUCAAGCGAGGUAGAUUCUCUUUUGAAGAGGAACAAACUAUUAUCCAACUGCAUAGUGUAUUAGGAAACAAGUGGUCUGUCAUUGCUGCUCGCUUGCCCGGAAGGACCGACAACGAAAUAAAAAAUUACUGGAACACCAACAUCAGGAAAAGGCUCCUCCGAAUGGGAAUCGACCCGGUGACUCACAGUCCUCGCCUCGAUCUUCUCGACCUCUCUUCAAUUCUAGCAAUAUCCUCCCUUUACAAUCCACGUGAAAUCGAUCUUUCAAGGCUUUUCGGGGUCCAACAACCCCUUCUAAACCCAGAAUUUUCAAGGAUGGCAACUUCUCUUGGCAAUCCUCAUCAAGUUCAGAACCAAUUGGCCCCGGUGGUCCAAGAAAUCUCAAAUUGUAGCACACUGACUUCACCUUAUGUUACAUUUCCUAGUGAAGCCCAAGUCAUGGAGCCAAAUCUGGAUCAAUUCUCAUCGAAUUUUACCGCGUUCAGCCCCGUAAGCUGUCAACUGAACGAGUGGCAAAGCAAUGAAAUGCCUUCAUAUUUGGGGGGAGAUUGCUUACCCCCGCUGAAAUUCGGGUAUUGCGGGUCAGACCAAAGCAUCACAAACCCUCCUCCGUCUGGUCUUUUCCACUGGAACAAGGGCAAUAAUAUCGGCCUCGGUUCGGGCUUAUCAACUCUGUCAACACCUUCAUCGAGCCCGGCACCGUUGGACUCGACUUCGACAUACAUCGGAUUCGAUGGCAGCAGUACUACUAGAGAAGAGAGAGGGAGCUACUCAUGCGGCAACAUGUUGAAGUUUGGAAUCCCAGACCUGGUGAAUGUAAACGAAUUCGUGUAAUUUAUCAAGCUUAUCAUCACAAGAAUUCUUUUUCUGGAAAAAAAAUAAGGAUUUCAAGUGUAAUGAAUAAUAAAUUUUUCCUUCUAUUUUUCUCUCA